AUGUUAUUUGCAUAUCUCGCCAGCCUUUCCUUGCUGGUUUAUGGCGGUGCUAUCGAAGAGGAAUGCUCUGCGGUCGCGCCGGCCAUGCUACAAAAGAAGAAAGUCAUGGCAUUAGAGGCUGCCUCUCCGAACCUGGACCUGCCAGAGCUGCCCGAUUUGGGUCAGAAGCUUUCCAAAGGUCCUUUGUUCGAGCAAUGCAAAGCCAGGAAGAUGCCGGAGAAAUCGCAAGCAGCCCGCGGCCAGCAGAACUCUUCCGUGAGUUUGCUGUACUCAGGGGCCGAGUGCAGCGUGCAGGAAACGACAUUGGUGGCAUUCUCCAGUCAGGGUUCAGCCGCGGUGACUUGCUGCAAUGGCAUCAAGUGCAGCGGUUGUGCCACGAUCAGCGGUGGCAAGUGCUCUGCCUGCGCAGGUGGCUUCCACAAGGGCCCAGAGACUUGCAGAGCUUGCCGGGAUCUUCCUGGAUUCCUUGACCCUGCCGGCCACGCAUGUGAGCACUAUGUUGCCACCAAGGCGUGCGAAAACGGAGUCAUUUCGACCUCGAAAUUUCAGGCCAAUUUCGUUCAGCACAUGCAGUUGGAGGACUACCGCUUUGCUGGCGUUAGUGCAAAAGAUGCCUGUUGUGCAUGUGGUGGCGGCAUGCGCGCCAGCACUCCUUUCCGAUAUUCAUCAAUCAGCCGCUCCUUUGUGCUGGGAGAGCCCAUGACUGAUCUUCCACACCCCCGAACGGCUUCCAGCUACCGGGUUGCAGGUGUCCUGGAAGGAUCUGGUUGUGAUUUGCACAGCUAUGGGUUGAGCUUGGAUGCAGUCAACGGCCAGAUUCAGGGCACGCCCAUUGCAGAGGAGCCAACAGCAAUCGAGUGUUCCAUUGAGGCGUUGCAAGAGGAGUCUGAGGGCCUCAUUGCCAAUGCCACUGUGAGUCUUGAUCUCCAAUACUUUGCCUACAAUGCGAAAAUAUUGUCCUUUCCAUCCGAUGGCUAUGCCCCCAGGACAAAGCAAGGUGUCAGUUACAGCAACUGGCGAGUAGCUUGCACGCCCGAUGCUCCCUGGCUGGAGAUCUUGACAGAUGGGACCUUGCGGUCAAGCAGUUCAGCUCCUGUUCCUGAAGCAGCUUUGUGCACUGUGACAGCCCACAACGGCACUGCGGACCAGGCUUUGACGCUCUCAGUGACCUACCCAGACCAUUGGACUUCAAUGGGUGUUCACCAAAUCUUGGGAGGCAAGAAGAAGCCUGUGGGUUCUGUCUUGAACCUAGUAGCUGGCCGGUCUCUGCCCCCGCUCAUCCUGUCAGAUGGCUCCGAUCACAAAGUGCCCCCAAUCGCAUUCUAUGCUGCUUGCGAUGCGACUGGAGGGCAGUCAGUGACUUUUGAUCUCACCACUGGAGAUGUGGUCGUUCAGGGCCAUGUUGCAUUUCGUCUCGGCAUGCUGACUGGGGAGUUGACAGGCAUUCCAGACAUGGCGGUGCUCAAGAAUUGCGCAAACACCGCGCGCUGCAAAGUGCGUCUCUCAUGCACAGUCUUUGGGGAGCUUGCUUUCCAGCCACUGGGCUCCACUCCCAAAUUCAUCAAGCACAGCUUUGAAGUGAACAUCCGGGAUGAUACUUGCUGGCAACGGACAGAGUCCAAGAAGUGGAAGAUCCUGAAUACUCUGACAGGUCAUGGAACUUGCCGCUCUCGCUGUCGUGCUGAUUCUGGAUGUUCGGCUUAUCAGGAGAGUGGUGAUUGUUACUCCUUGCGACGCGUGUCAGAGGCAUCUUGCCCUGAAGCCUGCUUGACUUGCGGCAUAGGCAUUUGCAAAGAGUUUUGCCUCAAUGGCCAGUGCUCCACCCCCAUGGAGGCCACAUCCAUUGAUUGUCGGGGUUGUGCUGCUCCCGACUUCUCCAGUGCCUUCGUUCGCAUCAACAGCUGUGAUGCGCAGAGCGGCUGUUUUUCGGUGGAGAAGCUUGGGGGCGGGGCGGCGUUUCUUGAGGGCGAGUACUGCCCUCCAGAGGGCGGAGAGAGCGAUGGCCUGUUGCCGUUUUAUGCGAAGUCAGGCGAGGUGCCAUCAUCAACUCUCUACUUGGCUCCCUGGCAGUCGUCUCGCGAGAGCACUUCACCUUGCCCAGAUCACUCUGCAUGGGUGAUUCGAAGGAGCAGUCCCUUGGACUUCAUCGAAAGCGACUAUGUCGAGCUCAGGGGAGAGGUUUUGCUUUGCAUGGCCAAUCCUGCCUCCUCAAGCUCUUACGGCAUUGGAGAUGAGAUUUUGGACGAGCUGGCUUCCGUUGUGCCCACGACCAUUGUGGACCCGGGAUACCUUCAGCAAGUUGGCAGCAAGGAUUGGGAGACAGGUGGUUUCCUGCGCGACGGAAGGAAGCUUCAGCGAUCGCAAGGGCAAAGUGGCUGGCUUUCCGCGCAGACAAAGCAGCAUGCCAAGCACCUCAGUGUGACAUUCACACUUUCUUCUGCAUCGAAGCACAUGUUUGCCCUCACAACCUCGCCCGGCAACAAGCCAUCACAGCUGCAAUCGAGCUUGCUAGCUUACGAACAGCGAACUAAAUCCCAAGAACAAGAUGCAAAGAAGACUUCCUGGGGGAGGAGGAGGAGGAGUCGGAGGAGGACUACCGCGGCCCCAACCACCGCGGCCCCGACCACCACGGCUGAGACGACAACCACAACCACCACCACCGAGGCUCCGACGACAACAGACGCCCGACGCCGCAGAUCCAGACGGCGAAGAUCCAGACGUCGAAGAACCACAACUACCACCACAACAACUACCACAACCACUACAACUACGACCGCUGAUCAGAACUAUGCUGGGAUCCUUGUUCAAAACGGUGAUCUUGUAGUUGCUACGAGCGGUCACACAUCCAAUGCUUUGAUCCUUCCAGCAACCAAUAGCAUAUCAAUUGAGAUUCAUUAUGACGAUGGCUUCUAUAUUAUCAAUGUUGCAGAGCAGCAGGUCUACUCUGGCCCAGCUCUGUUUGAUAGUGUCUAUGCUCAGAUUUGGUCCGCUUCUGAUGAUGUGGUGGAGAUCGCUGAUCUGCUGGAUGAAGUGGUUCUUGCACCGGUUGCCCAAGAGUGCAGCAGCCCUUUGGAAGACCGCAAAAAGUCUAAGUCAAAUUCAAAGGAUGAUGCAAGUGGGGCAUUUGUGUUUAACGACCCGGAUGCACCAGCACAUGCGACACCUUUCUACACCAUAUCAGCAUGUGAAUGCUUUGCUGGUGCAUUUGGUGCAAACAGUCCUGUCAGCGAGGAGACCUAUGGCAAGAUGCCCCCAGGGAGUGACAAUCAGUACAUCCCACCAAGCAUGCUCAUUGUUUCUGGCAGCUUCACUUGCGAACCCCACAAUCUGAUCAAGUCUCUGGUCAAUGUUGGACUGGAGGGAUGUGAGACAGCGUGCAAGAGUGGCGAGCAUGACACGGACGGCACGACUUGCGGCUUCUAUUUCAGUGGCACAUACACAGACAUGACAUUGUGUCGGUUGUACAAAGCCUGUGACAGCUUGGUGCGUGAGGUCAACAGCAACGGGGAACUCUUUGGGGUUGCGAAGCAGGAGGCAUGCCUUGUUGCGGAUGCUGAGGCGUGCCAACCGAUCAAGCGGGAAAAGUGGCUGGCAAAUGGCCCAGAUCCGGCGGGCAGCUGUUUGUUUGAAGAGCUGUUUGCGCAGUGCGAUUCAUCGCUGAUCCAUGGAGGCCAUGGUGUUGCAGAAUGUGGCACUUGCACGCACAUGCUUACUUCUCAAACAUCAGUCAUCACUUCCAAGCUCAAACGCCCGUUGCCCAGCAGUUUCAGCGCUGGCGCAGCACUUACUGUGAGCUGUGCGGCAGGUUACAGUGGCUUGAAUCGAUUGGGCAACGAGCUGAAACCGUCUCAGCACAUUGUUUGUCAAGAUGGAGAGUGGGUCGAUCCUCAUGGUGGUCCUGGGCUCAUGGCUUUACAGUGUGUGGCUUGUUCUCGUGCUACGCCCGGGAGCCGCACUGAGAGCUUGCGAGACUAUAUGGCCGCAUCUCAGCAGGAGCGCUGGUGGCUCAACCGGCACCCAGUAGAAAUCCGAUCUUGGGACGACCUUUGCUUGGCCACUGCAGAUUCCGGAGAUUCCGAGGUUACCAUCACGUUUUCGGACGCAACGGACGUGUCCGACCGACGCCGGAGGAAUGUUGACUCCGGCGAAGCCUUUCUGUCCAUGUACUGGGGAAGCAGCAGCAACAAACGCUAUUUUGGCUGGAAGGGCGACCAGUCUAGCUGCCGCUUUGACCAGAGGACAGCAGUGUCUGCACUGACCGCCGAGACGAAACUCUGGGGCACUAGCUCCCAUCAACCCACGGAAGAACUCCAGAAUAUUGUAAAGGGCAUCGAGUACCAGAUUUCUUUCAACAUACGGGGUGGUGGAUGGUGGUCCACAGGUGUCACUCCGUAUCUGAGCAGCAGCACAUGCUAUGGCUCCAGCUGUCCAGCGGAAGUGUCUUGCCCUUCGGGCCAAACUCUCUUCGGCUGUGAAGCGGUGCCCAGCUUUGGCGCAACAGGCAAACUUCUUGGUGCGGAAGCCACUCCAGAAGGCAAAUGCCAAGCUUGGGGUCCGAGCACCAUUGGCGCUGAAGCUUGGAGGCGGGUUGUCAUUGUCGCCUACCAGCAGUUGAUUCCCUAA